AUGAAUUCCAAUUUAGAGUCGUUUACAUGCCUAUGGCUUGAUCGAAGCGUUAAUUCAACAGAAGAUAAUAUCCAAACUCAGAAAGAACUUCGUGAAGUUAUCAAUUAUCUUCGAACAUUUGAUGAUCUUAAUCAGUGUGAACAAUAUAUUCGACAAAUUACAAAAGAAAAGGUUGUUCUCAUCGUAUCAGGCUCAUUGAGUAGAGAGAUCGUACCUCGAAUUCAUGAUCUUCCGCAGUUAUCUGCAUGCUAUGUUUUUUGUCUAAAUCUGGCACCAAACGAAUAUUGGGAUAAAAAAUAUAGCAAGGUCAAUGGAGUAUUUGCUAAUCGUUCGAAACUUGUUGGCCAAAUAUCGAAUGAUCAACAAAGUAGAAGCAAAGUAGAAGACGGUGCUUCGAUAUCAGUAAUCACUUCUGGUUCUGCAUCUCUUCAAGCUCGUAAUGCUGUAUUUAUGUGGUUUCAAUUGUUUAUCGAAGUUCUUCUUCGUAUGCAUCAUAAAUCCAAUGAUCGACAAGAACUUCUAGAUCUUUGCAAAGCAAAUUAUAAGGGUAAUCAGCGGGAAUUGAAAAUGGUUGAAGAUUUUAAAACUAGUUAUAAACCAGAAAAUGCUAUUUGGUGGUACACAUUAGAAUCAUGCUUUUAUAAAAUGAUAAAUAAAGCGUUACGUGUACAAGAUUUCGAUACAUUAUUUGCUCUUCGAUUCUUUAUAACUGAUCUUGCCAAACAGAUUAAAACCGAGCAUGAAAAAUUCAUUCGUACAAGUGAGAAUCGAAAUAUAAUUCGUGUUUAUCGUGGACAAAUGAUUGGAACUGAUGAACUUGAACUAAUGAAGAAAAGUAUUGGUGAAUUUUUAUCCAUGAAUUCUUUCUUUUCGACCAGUCGUAAUCGAUCAACAGCUGUUCGCUUUGCUCGAAGUUCUUCUACUGCCGAUAACCUUCAUCGAAUUCUUUUCGAGAUAGAAAUUAAUCCGCGUUUACAAACUAAAGCUUUUGCUGACAUUGCUCACAUUAGUUAUCUUCAAAAUGAAGAUGAAGUAUUGAUUAUGCUUGGUGCUUUAUUUCGGAUAGAAACGGUAGAUGAAGAUAAGAAGGAAGGAAUGUGGGUGAUUCGUGUGUCGUUAGCAAGUGAAGAAGAUUUUAAAUUGAAAGAAACAUUUUCUUAUAUGAAACACACAAUUGGUGACGAUACAGAUUUAGAUUCUCUUGGGAAAAUUCUAUAUCAAAUGGGUGAAUACGAGCAAGCACGAAAAUGCUACAAGCGAAUGUUGAAUGAAACUAAACUGGCUACUGGAAACGCUGAAUUAGGUUUAGGUAAUAUUUGUUCUGUAUUUAAAGAGGCUGAUGAUGGUCUGAAGCAUUUCGAAGAAGCUUUAAAAAUCAGACAGCAAAUUUUGGGCCAAGAUCAUGCUGACGUUGGAGAAUGCUACAGUUACAUUGGUGUGCUGAACUUUUAUGCGAGUAAGAACUAUGACACAGCCUUAUCAUAUUUGAAGCAAGCAGUUCAAAUACAAGAAGCAACACUUUCAUCUGACUCUAUUGAACUUGCCGAAACGUAUGGUAGUAUAGCAGUAACUUAUAGCUAUUUAAACAGCUUUGAGUUAGCUUUAGAGUAUUAUCAAAAAUGUCGUGUAAUUCGGGAGAAAAUCUUACCCACCAAUCACCCAAAACUUGCUGGAUUGUAUAAUAACAUAGGUACGAUUUAUGAGCGAAAUAGAAAUUAUUCAAAAGCAUUGGAAUACUAUGGAAAAUCGAUCGAAAUUAGUCGCAAAAUUUUGCCACCAGAACAUUCGACAAUUGCUCGCACCGAACAAAAUAUCCGCACUGUCAAAGAUGCGAUAAAAAACUAA